AGAAAGAACUUUGAGAACAAACAGAAAAAGCGGCCCACAGUGUGUUCGCCACCGAUUCAACGUUCGUCGAACUUCUUAUUCACGCAUGUCGUAGCUCCCGAAAAUGGCUGCCGCCUGUAUACGAAGACUCGCCUCGCAUAUCUCCCGGAAUCCCUUCCCCACCCACUCUUUUGGAGCAACCACCGUCACCCGUUCUUCCGCCUCCUUUUCCACCUCCUCACCGCGGACUUCUUCCGCCAAGGUGUCCGACCGGAUCGUGAAUCUCUUUGCAAUCGAUCCCGAUGGCCAGAAGCGCAACGUGAUCGGACUCUCCGGCCAGACACUUCUCAAGGCUCUGACCAACCAUGGAUUAAUUGACCCGGCUUCCCACCGUCUCGAAGAUAUCGAUGCCUGCUCUGCUGAGUGCGAGGUCCACAUUGCGCAGGAGUGGCUCGAGAAGCUUCCACCGCCUACUUACGAUGAACGGUACGUUCUCAAGAGGAACUCUAGGAAUAAGGUUUUGAACAAGCACUCCAGACUCGGAUGCCAGGUCGUCCUCACUCAGGAGCAUCAGGGUAUGGUCGUCGCUGUCCCUGAGCAAAAGCCUUGGGAUACUCCUUAAAGGAGUGAAGCUCUGCAAGGUUUGUCGUCUUGAAAUUGUAUUGUUUAGCUCUUAAUUUGAAUAAUAUGUAAACAUUGCAAGGCACCUGAAAAUAUUAUCCUUUCAUUGUGACUUUCUGGAAAUUUCCUGGAACUCAUUUAUUUCUAUUUGCUAAG